AUGGCCGCCACCGCCGCCACCACCUCAUACUUCUUUGGCACCCGUCUCAACAGCCCGACAACCUUAAACACCGGAAGAUUCCACGCGCUCUUCAACUUCGGCAAGAAGAAGGCGCCGCCGCCGCCGCCAAAGAAAAAGGAAGUGAAAUCGAAACCCGCCUCCAGCAACCGGCUGGUGUGGUUCCCAAAUGCGGAGUCGCCGGAGUGGCUCGAUGGAAGCAUGAUCGGCGACCGCGGGUUCGAUCCCUUUGGGUUCGCGAAGCCCGCGGAGUACCUGCAGUUCGACCUGGACUCGCUGGACCAGAACCUCGCGAAGAACGUCGCCGGCGAGGUGAUCGGAACCAGGGUGGAGGUUGCGGAGGUCAAACCGACGCCAUUUCAACCCUACACGGAGGUUUUCGGGAUUCAGAGGUUCCGCGAGUGUGAAGUCAUUCACGGAAGAUGGGCAAUGCUGGGUGCUCUCGGAGCUUUGGCCGUUGAGGCUCUCACCGGAGUCGCAUGGCAAGACGCCGGAAAGGUAGAGCUGGUGGAAGGAUCAUCUUACUUGGGGCUGCCUCUUCCAUUUUCAUUGACUACACUGAUAUGGAUCGAGGUGAUAGUGAUAGGAUACAUAGAGUUUCAAAGAAAUGCAGAACUUGACCCUGAGAAAAGGUUGUAUCCAGGAGGCAAAUUCUUCGACCCUCUGGGUUUGGCCAACGACCCUGAAGAAAAAGCAAGACUUCAACUUGCAGAGAUCAAGCAUUCUCGCUUGGCCAUGGUGGUCUUCCUCAUCUUUGCCAUUCAAGCUGCUGUAACAGGAAAAGGCCCUAUCAGUUUUAUUGCCACCUUCAACAAACUAAUGGGGAGGUUGUUUGUGGUGAAUCUGGAAGGGAAGAUCUAUAGCUGCAAACACUGUCAUACCCAUCUUGCUCUUUACGAUGACAUCUACUCGAAGACAUUCCAAUGCAGACAUGGGAAAGCUUAUCUCUUCAAUAAGGUUGUGAAUGUUUCUAUUGGAGAAAUGGAGGACAGACUGAUGAUGACUGGGUUACAUACCGUUGCCGACAUUUUUUGUGUGGGUUGUGGAUCAAUCGUGGGUUGGCAAUAUGAAACUGCCUAUGAAAAAAACCAGAAGUACAAGGAAGGGAAAUCCGUGCUUGAACGGUACAAAGUGUCGGGUCCUGAUGGAAGCAAUUAUUGGAUCAGCCAUGAGGCAAAUGUUGGUGGAAGUGAUGCAGAUGAUGCUUAG